AUGGCUGAAUCUGUAACUCUAAGUAAUCCAUUGGCCAAUUCUAUUUCUUUAAAUGGUGAAGAAAUUAAUCAGUCAGUACCAACAAUACCAACAACAGACACUGACAUUGUACCAACACACACAACAACUAUUACAAAUCAACCAGUCACGGAUGAAAAUGGUAGUAAUGAAACUGUUGUUAAAAAAAAAGGAAGAAGACUUCACCGAUUUGGGAUGAUUUUGAUCAAGUUGAAAGUUCUGAAGGUACAAAAGCUAUUUACAAGUGCAAGAUAUUCUCAAGAAAAGAUGAGACAAAUAAUUGCUACAGCAAUUAUGGUUCAUGAGCAUCCUUUCAGCAUUGUUGAGGAUGAAGUAUGGAUGUGGGGCUUCCAAUAUGCCAAUUCUGAAUUUCAUAAAAUUUCUCGUAAAACUGCUCGAAGUGAUUGCUUGGCAAUAUAUGAGGCUGAAAAGAAACAAUUGAAGGCUUUGUUACAAGGAUGGAAUCUUCAAAAAAGGGUUUUGAGUUUUGUUCAGGUACCUGCUCCUAGACGUGGCAUUGAUGUUGCGGAUGCUAUUUUCAAGUGUUUAAAGACUUGGGGAAUUGAAAAUAAGGUCUUCUCAGUAUCUGUUGACAAUGCUUCCUAUAAUGAUUCAUGUCUAAGGGCUCUUAAGGAUACUAUUUCAAAUAACAACUCAUUACCUGUUGGUGGUAGUUUGUUUCAUGUUAGGUGCUGUGCACACAUUCUGAAUUUGUUGGUGCAAGGUGGGCUAGGUAAAAUUAAAGGUAUUAUUCAUAAAGUUCGUGAGAGUGUCAAGUAUGUCAAUUUUAAUGAUUCAAGAUUUAAAACAUUUGUUGAGAUUGCUGAAAACAAGCGUUUGAAGGAGAAAAAACUCAUCAUUGAUUGUCCCACAAGAUGGAAUUCUACUUACAACAUGUUAUCUGUGGCUUUGAAGUUUAAAUCUGUGUUUCCUGUGUAUAAGGAAAGAGAACAUCACUACAAUUACGAACCAUCAUCAGAGGAUUGGAGAAAAGUUGAGAAGAUUUGCAAACUUUUAAAAGUUUUUAAUCUUGCUACUCAUGUCAUUUCUGGUAGUGAGUAUCCUACUGCAAACUUGUACCUUCCUGAAGUUUGGAGAGUGAAACAAGUAAUUGAUGAUGCUAUUGAAGAUAGAGAUUCCUUCAUAAGAGAAAUGGCAACCUCAAUGAAAGAAAAGUUUGACAAAUAUUGGGGAGAAUGCAAUAUGGUAAUGUCUCUUGCUUGUGUUUUGGAUCCUAGGUGCAAAUUACAUGUUAUUAAAUUCUGUUUUCCUUUAAUUUACAAACCUGAGCAUGUGGCUGCUGAAAAUAUUGAAAAAGUGAAGAAUACAUUGCAAGAAAUGUAUGAUGAAUAUGCUGAAAAAUAUCAUGGUGAGACAAUAAUAAGUGAAGUUAACACUAAUAGUCUAGUUGCUUCUUCUAAUGUGGUUAGUUCUGAAAUUAGUGGAAUUGAUGAAAUGUUGAAUAUGGUUCGAGAAAAAGAAGCCAUUCAUCCAACAAAAUCAGAAUUAAAAGUUUAUCUUGAUGAGAGUGCUUACAUUCCUGAAGGCAAUUGA